GGAGGAGGAGGAGGAGGAGGAGGAGAAGCCGGGCUUUUAAGCUCAGAGCGAACCCGCAGGACUCAGAGUGGACUCCAUCUCUCUCUCUCGCAUGAGCAGGGUUUAGUUGUGAUCCAAAGCUGUCAAGAUGAACUUGCGGAUUCCUCCCUGGUGUAUUGGAUUAUUUCUAGUCCUGAACUCCUCGGCAGGUUUCCAGCUGGACGCUCGAGGGUCUCAGGGCGUCCAGGACCUGACCGAGCUGAUCGGCGUCCCCCUCCCGCCGUCCGUCUCCUUCGUGACGGGCUUCCAGGGGUACCCGGCCUACAGCUUCGAAGCGGAUGCCAACGUGGGCCGGCUCACCAAGGCCCACGUGCCAGACCCCUUCUACUACGACUUUGCCAUCACCGUCACGGCCAAGCCCACCACGCGGCGGGGCGGCGUCCUGUUCGCCAUAACCGACGCCUACCAAAAAGUGGUGCAACUGGGCGUGGCGCUGUCUGAGGUGGAGGACGGUUCCCAGACGGUGGUCUUCUACUACGCUGACCCUGUCACGGGAGGCAAGACCCAGGAGGCGGCUUCCUUCAAGAUGGCCGACCUGACGGGACGAUGGGCCAGGUUCACCUUGACGGUGCAGGGCGCCGAGGUGCGUCUCUUCAUGGACUGCGAGGAGUACCACCGCGUGGCCUUCGCCAGGAGCCCCCAGCCGCUCACCUUCGAGACCAACUCGGGGAUCUUUGUGGGCAACGCGGGGGGCACGGGCCUGCCCCACUUUGUGGGCUCCAUCCAGCAGCUGGUGCUCAAGUCCAAUCCCACGGCCCCCGACGACCAGUGCGAGGAGGACCAACCUUAUGCGUCUGGAAGCGGCGAUGACGCUUACGAGGACAUGGAGGGAAAAGAUGAAGUCAAGAAAGUUGUGGAGGAGAGGGAAUAUAAAGAGGAAGUGCCGCAGCCCACAUCCAGUACCCCGGUCCGAGCUCCCCCCACCGAGGCGCCAUACAGUUUCGAUGACGAUGAAGCUGGAGACGACGUCGAAGAAGCUUCCGGGCAGGAAAUGCAGGCCCCCACACCUGCGGUGCGACCAGCCCAUUCAGCAACAGCAGCAUCCAAGUCCGACUCUGUGUCAACAGGUCAAAAAGGUGAAAGAGGUGAGCCGGGAGCGCAGGGCCCCCCGGGACCAGCCGGCCAACCGGGGCAAGACUCGGAAUCGGCGGGCGAGCCCGCACCCCGAGGUCCGCCGGGACCUCCUGGACCUCAAGGCCCGCCUGGAGCUGCAGGGAAAGACGGACAGCAUGGAACAAAAGGAGAAAAUGGUGCUCCGGGAGCCAAUGGCCUUCCAGGAUUUCCAGGGCUUCAAGGAGAGCCUGGCCCCAAAGGAGAGAAGGGCGACGCUGGCGUCGGACAGCCCGGCCUUCCGGGACCUCCCGGACCUCCGGGCCGCUUCUCCUCCAAGUUCCAGGAGGGCUCGGGCUCGGCUUCGGGCUUUGACGACUUCGACGACGAUCCGGAGAUCAUUCGAGGACCCCCCGGCCCACCGGGACCCCGCGGCCCCCCCGGAUCCCCGUCUCAGGAAGUCCUACCUGGACCACCCGGCAGUCCUGGGAGAGAUGGCCAAAAGGGAGAAGCUGGACUUCCUGCUACUGACGAGUGGUUUAGUGCUUCCGGUUCUGGUUCUGGCUCUGGUCAGGGAAUUGAUGGAAACAAAGGAGAACAAGGACCCGCUGGAAAAAAGGGCGACAUGGGAGAACCUGGUGUGAAGGGCCAACCAGGACCUAAGGGAGAGCAGGGCCCUCAGGGCUUCCCAGGACUUCCCGGGCCCGAGGGUCCAGAGGGCAGGGUCGGGCCCCAGGGGCCAGCCGGCAUUCCCGGACCGCCCGGCCCCCCUGCCAAAGGCUUGCCGUUGGACCUCGAGGACCUGGAAGAAUCGGGGCUGCUCAGUGGUCCUGCAGCGGAACGGUUGCGGGGUCUCCCAGGAGUUCCAGGAGUUCAAGGACCAAAGGGUGAAGAAGGCCUCCGAGGUCCUGCUGGAGAGCCAGGUCUCAAGGGGGAGCCCGGCGCUGCGGGUCCACUGGGUUUAGCAGGACCAGAGGGCAAGAAAGGUUCAGAGGGUCCGAAGGGGGAUGCCGGCGCUCUGGGACAAAAGGGCGAGCCAGGACGUGACGGGCUCAGUCUAGCGGGCCCUCCGGGACCUCCCGGAGUUCCGGCACCCACCGUCGACCUCCAGGAUCUCCUCCUCAACGGCACGGACGGCGUCUUCAACCUCUCGGGGAUUUUCGAGGCUCAGGGAUUGGCUGGACAGCAAGGACCCAAGGGAGAUGCCGGAGUGCAAGGUGUUGAAGGACCUCCAGGACUUAAGGGCGAGAAAGGCGAGCCGGCAAUGUUCCUCUCUGAGAACGGAUCCACCUACGACCUGUCUACUCUUAAGGGGGCCAAAGGAUACAAGGGUGAUGUUGGUGCAAGUGGACUUCCUGGACCACUCGGACCAAUGGGAAUGCCGGGACCAAAAGGAGAUUUGGGUUUCCCCGGAAGACCCGGUCGUGUCGGUGUGCCGGGACUCAAAGGAGAGAAAGGCGACUCUGUCGGCAAACCUGGACUGCCAGGCCUGCCCGGACGACCCGGCCGCCCUGGAAUGUUCCGAUGCCCCAACGGGACCGUGUUCCCCGUCCCCGCCAGACCCUUCUGCAAAAUACCGAUUAAUCCCGACAGAAGCGCCGUGAUGGGUGACAAUCAGGACGGGCGGAAAGGACAAAAGGGAGAACGAGGCCUUCCUGGCAUUCCGGCGCCACCUAACACGUUCAAAGGACGCUUGGGAGUGAAGGGCGAGAUGGGCGUCGACGGAGAAAAAGGAGAAAAGGGCGAGACGGGGUUGCCCGGCCAACCGGGUGCUCCCGGGAAACCAGGGCCAGUGGGACCCAAAGGCGAGUCCGUGCUGGGACCGCAAGGCCCCCGCGGAGAACCGGGCCACCCGGGCGCCCCGGGCUUCGGCAGACCCGGUCCGGCGGGACCCCCUGGACCGCCGGGGGAAGUCGGAGGCUUGUCGUUCGGCUUUGGUAAAAAAGAUGUGAAAAUCCCCGGACCGGCCGGACCCCCCGGGCCCCCCGGACCCCCGGGACCCACUGGCCCACGCGGACCCUUGGGAGGCUCAGCCGCUGUGAGUACAUUUUCCACGUUGGAGUCGAUGAUGAGGAGGACGGUGAGGGAGGCCGAGGGAAUGCUGGCCUACGUCCUGGCCACGGGAAGUCUCUACCUCAAGGUGGCCGAGGGCUGGAAGGAGAUUCAGCUUGGCAGUCUGCUCCACUUGUCCAGUAACGUCAUCCCACAAGAUGAGCCUGGGGCUGCCCAGCAAAUAACAGGCGGCACGAUCGAGCGAGUGCGCUCCACCAAAGACAGGCUCAACCUGGUGGCGCUGAACCAGCCGCACACGGGCGACAUGACGGGCCUGGACACGGCCGACCGGCUGUGCUACGAGCAGGCCAAAGCCAUGGGCCUGCCCCCCAACUACCGCGCCUUCGUCUCCUCCAACAAGCAGGACCUGGUCCACGUGGUCUACCCCGGCUUCCGAGACACCCUGCCCAUCACCAACCUGAGGGGAGACGUGCUCUUCCGCAACUGGAGGUCCAUCUUCAACGGCGAAGGAGGGCCCCUCAACACCAGAAUACCCAUUUACUCCUUUGAUGGACGCGACGUUUUGGCCGAUCCUUUCUGGCCCGAGAAGAGCAUCUGGCACGGCUCGAGCAGCCGCGGGCUCCGCGUGCCCGACAAGCACUGCGAGACGUGGCGCGCCGACCACGUGUCCGUGGCGGGCCAGUCCUCCGGCCUGACCUCGGGUCUGCUGCUGGGCCAGCAGACGCGGAGCUGCUCCAACGAGUACGCGGUCCUGUGCGUGGAGACCCACAAGAACCCCUGAGACCACGCCCCGGAUUGCGAACCCCGCCCACAGAGUCCGAGGCGCGGUGCCGAGACGCGGCGGGAAAGUUCCCGUCCGUCCGUGCCGUAACACGUCGUCCCUUUGGCACAUAAAAUGAACCCGUUUUUUUUUUGUUUUCAAUUCUGGUAGGGAAUGUGCUAGAUGUUAGUUUGCUGCACCUUUUGCAUUUCCCCCCCGCAAGAAAAUCCAAAUCCAAAGAUUUGUAUCGAACGAUCCCCAAAUUGUCAGCCAUUCUCCACCCCAAGGGAAGUAAAGGACGGCUUUGAGAGCUGUUUUGUUUACAGGUUGUCACGGAGAUGUUUUAGGCAGCGUUUAACACCUUUCCACUACUUCCGUUGUGUCUUUCCAUCAGACAGCCAGUGACGACCAAAUUUGAUGCACUGUACUUCAUUUAUUUGCUAGAGCUUCAUGAUUAUAAAUUGUGGUGUUGGCUUCGCAGCUCUCGUCUCCAAAGGCUAUUUAAUUUAAAUCCAUUAUUUAUACUGUCACAGCACAUAAACAAGAAAUCAGAAGAUGAAAUCUAAGAAUGUAAUUUAUCAUUUGUUGGUGUUUGUUUGGGUUUUUUUUUCUACUUUUUGUUGUUUUUUUGCUACUAUAGUAGAAUGGAGAAGAGUUGAGAUGCUUAUUUGGAGGCUUGCGCUAUAUUUUCAUGCUGGAAUUUUUUUUUAGAAAAAUAAAUUCCAAGUGUUGGUUGGUGCUUUGUCAAAACGAAUAAAGUUUUCUUCUGUCAUAACA